AUGGCCGCUUCAAAAUGUCUGAAUGAUAAUUUCGAGUUAAGGGAAUGCAUGUCCCGGGGUCAUAUUCUCCACGAACGGUACUCUUUAGACGAAGUUCCUCGUGGUCCUUUUGCAACAGAGUCUGAGUUCUACAACAGUCUGAUAACUGCCGUGUUACAUCAUGCAGAGCCCCUCCAUCUUACGCCGCACUGUUUCGUUGCCCCAAUACCUUCCCGCGAGGACUACGAGAACGAUACCGCCCAUCAGGAUGCCUGUGAUCUUUGGAACGGCUUUGUGGCCAUUGGAGACAAGAUUGAUUCCGCGGAGAAUCGGUUGGAUUACAUCAUUGUGGGAGAUUCCCUCAAAGACAUCAUGGCCCAACGCACAACUAGCUACUUGACACACUCUUUACCGGAUCCAUUUCCUCUGCAUCACCCUGAUUCAAGUGCCGGCGAUAUUUUUGUGGAUGAUUUCAAUAUUACGUCAAUAAUCGACUGGUCAUUUUGUUCUUCCGUCCCACUGGCGAUCCUAUUGGCUCCUCCUGGGCUCCCCCAAUCCCGAUAUGCACUUGGCAAGGACCUUAUCAAGGUCUUUCGGGAGGGGUAUAAGGAGACGUCCCGCCUAAAGUGUCAUAUAGAAAGGCAGUCGUUUCUUUCUUCCGACGCGCUCGCUAUUCUAGAGGACAGCGAGUUUUCCUGGUCUCUUAUUAGACUUCUUACGUUUGAAUCGACCGACGAUUUGCGUCUUUUCCGUACCCUCUGGAAUACAGUUCACACUCCUGACUGUGACCUUGAGUCUUUUAUCAUCACACAGAGACACUUGCCCCAUUAUGUGCGACUGUACGAAAAGAUGCAAGUAGAAGACAGGCCUAUUGCUGAAAUUCGCAAAUGGCAAAAGGAUUAUUCUAGGAAUACCAUAGAUUUGACAGUAGCACGCAAUCUCACGGUGGUUUCCAAUUGGGGUGUUUGCUAUAGACCGCAUUUGAAUCGUUUUCGAAGUGCGAAGAUGUUCAUCGCGGACCCGAAACUAUGGGCAUGGGUCUCGAAGGCCAAAGAGCAGCGCGCUUUAUGA